AUGCAGGGGAUGAAGUGGUUCGACAGUAUGUCCCUCAGCAGCAGCAGGAGUAGGAGGAGGAGUAGAAGGAGCGGCGGUUACAGUAGUAGUGGUGGUGGUGUGCUACUCCCACUGGUUCUCCUGGCGACGGUGAUCCUAAUCGCCGGCCCCGUGGCGGCUCAGAAGCAGCGAACCGGCGGUGGCUCAGAGAAAGUGCCCGUCCUGAACAUCGCGGUUAUUCUGGGACGCACGCGUUACAUCUCAGACCGGGACAUCCGGGCACUGUGGAGCAAGGAGGACCCCAUCGACGUCAACGUGGUCACCCUGCUGGUCAAUGAGACCGACCCCAAGAGCAUCAUCACGCACAUGUGCGACCUGAUGUCCGGGACCAAGAUCCACGGCGUGGUGUUCGGGGACGGCACCGACCAGGAGGCCAUCGCCCAGAUUUUGGAUUUUAUUUCCUCGCAGACGCUCAUACCCAUCCUGGGCAUCCACGGAGGGUCCUCCAUGAUCAUGGCCGAUAAGGAUGUGAAGUCAACAUUCUUCCAGUUCGGUGCCUCCAUCCAGCAGGAGGCGCUGCUGAUGCUGAACAUCAUGGAGGAGUAUGACUGGCACAUCUUCUCCAUCGUCACCUCCAAGUUCCCCGGAUACCAGGAGUUCAUCAACAUCCUUAAAACUACGGUAGACAAUAGUUUUGUGGGCUGGGACCUGCAGAACAUCAUCACCCUGGAUGCAGUAGAGGAAGACAGCCGGUCUCAGAUCAUGCUGAAGAAGGUCCAGUCUCCUGUCGUGCUGCUCUACUGCUCCAAGGACGAGGCCGUGUACAUCCUGGAGGAGGCUCGCUCGCUGGGACUCACCGGGUUCGGCUACAUCUGGAUCGUGCCCUCUCUCACCACGGGGAACCCGGAAAUAACCCCGGAUGAGUUCCCGUCGGGGAUGAUUUCGGUGUCGUAUGACGACUGGGACUACCCGUUGGAGGCACGGGUUCGGGACGGCCUCGGGAUCAUAACGUCGGCUGCGGCGGCCAUGUUGGAAGAGUACGGCGACAUCCCUGAGGCCAAGACAUCCUGCUAUGGCCAGAUGGAGAAGACGACCAAGCUGCCGCCCAGCGCCCUGCACAAGUAUAUGAUGAAUGUGACGUGGGACGGCAGAGACUUGUCGUUCACAGAGGACGGCUAUCAGGAAAACCCCAAGCUGGUCGUCAUUGUUCUCAAUAAGGACAGAGAGUGGGAGAAGAUGGGGAAGCUGGACAAUCGCAGCCUGACAUUGAAGUACCCGGUGUGGCCGCGCUUCAACUCAUUCGGCGACGCCGAGCUGGACGACAACCAUCUGUCCAUCGUCACUUUGGAGGAGAAACCAUUUGUUAUUGUGGAGGACGUAGAGAGACUCACCGGCACCUGUAUGAGGAACUCUGUGCCCUGCAGGAAGCAUAUCAAAGACAACACCACAGAGGCUGGUGGGACAUAUAUCAAGAAAUGUUGCAAAGGCUUCUGCAUCGACAUCCUGAAGAAGAUAGCCAAGUAUGUCAAGUUCACCUACGACCUUUACCUGGUAACCAAUGGCAAACACGGCAAAAAGAUCAACAACGUCUGGAACGGGAUGGUGGGAGAGGUGGUCUAUAAGAAAGCUGUCAUGGCCGUCGGUUCUCUGACGAUCAAUGAGGAGCGUUCUGAGGUCAUCGAUUUCUCCGUCCCGUUCGUGGAAACGGGGAUCAGCGUCAUGGUCUCCCGUAGCAACGGGACCGUCUCCCCGUCAGCCUUCCUCGAGCCCUUCAGUGCAUCAGUGUGGGUGAUGAUGUUUGUGAUGCUGCUGCUGGUGACUGCAAUGGCUGUCUUCAUGUUUGAGUACAUCAGUCCGCUUGGCUUUAACAGAAACCUGGCACAAGGAAGAGACCCCCACGGUCCUUCCUUCACCAUGGGCAAGGCAGUGUGGCUGCUGUGGGGUCUGGUGUUCAACAACUCUGUGCCGGUGCAGAACCCCAAAGGAACCACCAGUAAGUUCAUUGUGUCGGUGUGGGCCUUCUUCGCUGUCAUCUUCCUGGCCUCCUACACGGCCAACCUGGCCGCCUUCAUGAUCCAGGAGGAGUUUGUCGACCAAGUCACCGGGCUGUCCGACAACAAGUUUCAGAACCCGUAUGCGUACUCGCCUCCAUUCCGCUUCGGGACAGUCCCAAACGGAUCCACAGAGAGGAACAUCAGGAAGAACUACCCCGACAUGCACCAGUACAUGGUGAAAUAUCAUCAAACCGGGGUUCAGGAUGCGCUUGUCAGCCUCAAAACAGGCAAACUGGAUGCCUUCAUCUAUGAUGCUGCGGUGCUGAACUACAUGGCCGGCAGAGACGAGGGAUGUAAGCUGGUGACCAUCGGCAGCGGGUACAUCUUCGCUACCACCGGCUACGGCAUUGCGCUCCAGAAAGGCUCCUACUGGAAACGACAGGUGGACCUCGCCAUCCUGGCCAUCAUCGGAGACGGUGAAAUGGAGGAGCUAGAAGCUCAGUGGCUGACAGGAAUCUGCCACAACGAGAAGAACGAGGUGAUGUCCAGCCAGCUGGAUGUCGACAACAUGGCAGGCGUGUUCUACAUGUUGGCCACAGCCAUGGGCCUCUCCCUCAUCACCUUCGUCUCCGAGCAUCUAUUCUACUGGAGGCUCAGGUACUGCUUCACUGGCGUCUGCACCGGCCAGCCUGGUCUGCUGUUCUCCAUCAGCAGGGGAAUCUGGAGUUGCAUUCAUGGUGUCCACAUUGACAUGAAGAAAAAGACAGAUCUGGAUUUUAGCCCCCAGGCCAACAUGCUCAAGCUCAUCAAGUCAGCCAAGCAGAUGACUAACAUGUCUAACCUGGGUGGCUCCCGCAUGAACUCGCCCAAACGUGAGUUCAUGCACUCAGCUGGCCCUAUGAUCAUGGACAUGAUGGCAGAGAAGGGCAAUUUCAUCUAUGCUGACAACCGAAGCUACGCACCCAAAGAUAUGAUCUAUGGGGAUACUGGGGACCUGCAGUCAUAUCUGGCCAACCGCCACAAAGACCACCUCAAUAAUUACAUCUUCCAGGGAGGCCAGCAUCCUUUGACCCUCAAUGAUGCCAACCCCAACACUGUGGAGGUGGCAGUGAGUGCUGACGCAGCCCAGACCAAUGCCAAGCCACCUCGGACACUGUGGAAGAAGUCCGUGGACACGCUCCGCUCGGGGCCGCCUGGGGCUCCACCAAUGCCUGACAUGCUGAUGCCAGAUCUGCGGAUGUCAAUGAAGACGCAGCGCUACCUCCCUGAGGACACGGCUCAUUCUGACAUCUCCGACUGCUCCAGCAGGGCAGCCUCCUACAAGGACCCAGAAAACAACAAGCACCUGAAGCCCAAGGACAACUUAAAAAAAAGAUCGGUGACGUCAAAAUACCCUAGGGAUUGCAGUGAGGUAGAGCUGUCCUACUUAAAGACUAAGCAGGUCAGCGGCGGAGCUAACCAAGCUGGGAGAGGAGGAGGAGGGGGGGAGAAAAUCUACACCAUCGACUCUGACCGGGAGCUGAGCCUGCACUCAGACCCCAUUCACUACCGUGAAAGCCGGGGUCUGGCUGCAGACGAUUUGGAUUACCCUGAAAUUUACUCCGACCACAAUGACAACUACAGGAAGUGUGAUCAGCCCAUCAUUCACCUGAACUCAUCCCCUCUGCAUCACACAGACUCAGAUCUCCUGCCAGACCCAACUUAUCCGAAACAUUAUAGCCUGAAAGAGAAAAACCUUUCUUUGUCACCGCAUGAGUCCAACGAUCGCUACAAACAAACACAUUGCCGUUCCUGCCUGUCCAAAAUGACCUCCAGUUACCCAGCAGGAGGGUCAUACCCUUCCACCGCAUCUGCCUCAGCUUCUGUCACACGGUCGCCAUACAACCGGUGUGAAGCAUGCCUCCAUACAGCCAACCUCUAUGACAUUAGUGAGGACCAGCUCCUUGCAGACACCUUAGUCAACCCCAGCAUGCACCACCAACAGCAGCAGCAGCAGCAACCGGACGAGAUGUUUGGGCUUUACUGGCCGCAGACGGACGGGCCACAUGUCCAGAAGAGGAACCGCUUAAGGCUGAGUCGUCAGCAUUCUUUUGACAACAUUAUGCUGGAGAAGCCCAAGGACAUAGACCUGGGCCGACCAGCACGCAGCGUCAGCCUCAAGGAGAAGGACCGCUUCCUGGACUCAGCAUCCGACUCACCCUAUGCCAACCUGUUCGGCAUGCGUCCCUACUCUGGCAGACUGUUUGGCACUGGGUCGAAAUCAAUGCUGUUCAAUCACACCCUUGAGGAGAGCAAGAGGAGCAAGUCCCUGUACCCAGACCAUGGCUCGGAAAACCCUUUCCUCAGCCAUUCGCUGAGGGAUGACACCAGCAGCAGACUGGUCCAUGGACGCAGCUCCUCUGAUAUUUACAAACAGCUGGCAGUGGCCUCGCCUGCAGCAGCCCCCAUCAAAACACGCAACGAUGCGAACAAUCUCCGCUCCUCUGUUAAAUCUACCACUUCAUACUGCUCACGGGACGGGCGGAUAGCCAAUGACAUGUACACUACAGAGCAUGUGAUGCCUUACUCAGCCAAUAAGACUAGCGCAUACCCGGCCCCACGAGGCGUCCUAAACUCAGCCCAGUUCAGCAAUAGACGGGUGUAUAAAAAAAUCCCCAGUCUGGAGUCAGACGUUUAGUCGAUAAAAGAAAUGAUGUGUUUUUCUCCUUCUACUUACUCCUCUCUGGGUUUGUAUUAUAGUUUAUCAACUAUCUUAUCCACUUAGGGAUGCCAUAGCCACACUACUUUUUUCUUCUUCUUCUUCUCUUCGACAUCGUAAUCCAAAAGAACUCGUACCCUCUUGGGUAUGACCAGUACUACUACUACUCUCUUUGCAGAUGAUAUCACCAUUUCUGUCCAUUCUCUCUCAUGUAUCAAUGAGUUGGCUGCAUGGCUGGCACUCUGCCAUAAGGUUUCCUGAUGUAAAGGGGAGGGAAAUUAACCCUCCAAGCAUGACAGGGGCAGGAAAUGACACAGUCCCAUUACUGGGAGAGAGAAGGCUUAAGUAACAUAUAAUGGAGGACUGCUGCCAGGGUUAUCGAGAAAGACGCAGUUGAUUUGAAAGAGAGAUUUGGGAAGAGUGAUGAGGACAAUGGGAGAAAUUAUCACAGGUAAAGUGAGAGAGAGAGAGAGGGAGAGAGAGAGGGAGAGAGAGAGAGAGAGAGAGAGAGAGAGAGAGUAAUAACAACCUCUCUUUUUCAUCACCUUCUCCUCCUCCCCCUCUCCCUUUCCAUCCCCUCUGCUGAGCUUGGGGCUCACUUGUUGAGGAGGAGAGGGCUGACAGGGAGACCAGAUGGGCGCGUUUGAUGUCGUGGCCAGACACGCAGGCGUCCCAGGAGGGCAGGGGCGUCACAGUGAGCUAGUCCAACAGUCUGCUGCUUGUUACUCUGACAAAUAUGGCCACCAAGACACCUGGCAGUGGAGGAGGAGAGAGAGGGAAGAGGGUGAAAGGACAGGAGAGGUAAAAUGCCACAGAGGCGAUCCAGUACGUGCAGAAGUUGCUAGGCUGCUAAGGAUUGGUGUGCUUGGUCAGAAUCUGGUUUUGUAUGAUGAGCCCAGGCUACGUGAUCGGUAAGGAGAUGCUGAGAGUAUUGUAGGUGCUAUACAAUGAACAAUGUUUACAGACUGACAGACAGACAGACUGACAAAUCGACUGAUAGAAAAAGACAGACAAACAGGGAAACCUGAGGCAAUUGAUGGGCAUUUCAUUUGUGGCUCUGCACAUAUAAAAAUAAUAGCAAAAUAUUGCUUUUUAUUCUAUUAAACUAUAAGAUUUAUUCGGGAUUCUGGCAUUCGGAUCCCCCUAUUUAGAAUUUUAGUGUUUGCUUAUUUGGUAGCACAAUAACCAUUAGUUUUAAAACCUCUCCCACCUUUGCUUUUGAAAAAGCAUAGCUUUCUGAAAAAUACCGUCAAGAGUAGUAGAUUAUUUUGCAUGUGUUGAUUUUUUGGUGUCGGAGAAGAGAACAUACACACAUAUACACACUCAGACACACACAUUUUACAUGUCAAUGAAAAGGGACUAUGUCUUGCCAGCUAUGGUGGAUGGAUACGUACAAUCGAAACCUUAACCCUUGACCUGUGUGCUUAGUAAAUCAGUGUCAUGCUCUGGCUCCUGCUGCGAAAGAGCGAGAGAAUGGUAGAAGGGAAGAGAGCAAAGAGAAGAUACACAAGGGAGCAAAAGGACGAAAUGACACCUACGUCCACCACCCCCUUUGUUUGAGGUGCGGAGGGUGUGGGGGCUGACGUGUUUUUGUCUUUUUUCCUCCCUGACGCUGAAAAACAGGGUACUAGCUAUAAAAACGACUGACAAUUCCUUCCUUCUUUCCUCCUUCCUUCCUCCCUUCCUCACGCAACAUGACACAUCGCUAGAGUGUUGGCUAACUAAACUAUUACUUUGUUUCCUCGGGUUUUUGUAAAAUUGAACUUUGCGGGUUGGUUGUUUAGCACAGCUUUAGCAGUGCUUCUACAGUCUAACUGGUGGAUGGGGUUACCGAUUAUUGAUCAUUGAUUACUGGGACAGCAAAACACAAUCCACGAUCAACCAGGGCUCUUGAAGAGGAUCUAAAGACUCCUAAUAAUGGAUCCCUUGUUUACCUUAAUAGUGGGGAUGGGAUGGGAUGGGAUGAGGGGUUG